CUUGCGGUCAACAGUUAUGACGAGAUGAUGACUCUCAUGGACGAAGGAAACAAGGCGCGCACAGUCGCCGCGACCAACAUGAACGAAACCUCGUCACGUUCACAUGCCGUAUUCACUCUUCUCCUGACCACGAAACGGCACGAUGUGGACACCAACAUGGACACUGAGAAAGUGUCACGAAUCAGGUCUGCCCCUCUCUUCCUGAAAGCGAGUCUGAGGAACUGACCGGCUGCAGUCUUGUCGAUCUCGCAGGUUCAGAGCGGGCCAACUCGACAGGUGCAACGGGACAGCGGCUGAAGGAAGGAGCUAACAUCAACAAGUCGCUCACGACGUUGGGAAAAGUCAUUUCCUCGCUCGCACUGGCCAGUCAGGCGGACACCAAGAAGGGCAAAAAGGGCAAGGGCGAUGAGUUCGUCCCGUAUCGAGACUCUGUG